UUUUGUUUCCGUUUAUUCUAUUUCCGUUUUAAAAGUUUUCUACACGCUCGGUUAAAGUGUGAUUUGGCGGAGAUUUGUUAAAGUUACGAAGCGGAAGGCGUUUUUAGGAUAUUUUCAGCGUUGUUUAGCAGGCGGGGAUCGAUGGUUGUGUAAUGGGCUGCCUCGCCCCGCGCUGCUAUAUUCUAGCUAACUUGGUCCACUGUAGGCCCGCUUCACUGCAGCCACACGUGUAGCCUGCUGCGUAAAUAAUAGUUUUGUGUGCUUGUACAGCAUGCUUUUCAGACGUUUAGCCAUGUUUAGUCACCGUUUUCUGUCACUAAUGGCCUACCAGUUGGCCUUUAGACGCCACAGCCUCGCCCUCGAGUUGGCUAACGUUAGCAGUCAGUGAACUGUCCCAGACGGCCAAUGAGGAGUCGAGGCUCAGAGGCCUUUAUAGUAGAAAACCCCUCACUGCUCUGUCUGUUUACAUCAUGGAUACUUGGGACAGUUUGAAAUCUGUUUAAAUAUAUUCUUCUUAUUGCAGUUUGUUGGUGACAGCAAUUUUUAUGUAAAGUUUUCAAUGUUUUUGUGCCACUGACCAUUCUGUUUGUAGAAUAAUAAAUCAAAAAGUCAAUGUUGUGAAAUUAUGCUUUUGAGCUCUAUUUUUUUCUUAACUUUAUUUAAUUUUUAUGGCCACAUUAAAAAGAAUAGCGUUCCCGCUGUCUCUUUUACUUAAUUACAUGUUUAACCGAAAAAUUUAAAAAUAUUUUUCCAAGCAAAAAUGUCAUGUUUCUAGGGUCUUGUGACAGUUUUCUCUUGGCUGUCAGAACACACAGAAUGGCUAAAAGUGAGCCAGAAGACAUGAUUGAGAUUGAGAUUGAUGAACGGGAGAAACAGGCAUGCCUGGAGGAAGGUGUGGAGGAGCAGACCAUCACUGCAUCAGAUUUGAUCCAACAAGACAUCGACAUCAAUGAACCAAUUGGCAAUCUGAAGAAGCUUUUGGAGCCUCGCAUUCAAAUCCCUUUAGAUGCAUAUGAGAUCUGCUUGCAGGACAUUCAGCUCCAUCCUGAUCACAGCCUUUUCGAUCAGGGAGUGAAGACAGAUGGAACGGUGCAGCUCAGCCUGCAGAUCAUAGCCAAACCAGGAGAGGAGAAGCUGAACAUUUUGGAAAUUGUGAAGCCAGUAGAAACGGUAGAAGUGGUGAUUGAUCCAGAUGCAGCAGGGGAGGAGGGAGCUCUGAUAGACGAGGGACAGCUCAUUGCUGUAGAACGAUCUGCUCUGUCUGAUGAAACCUCAGAGCAGGUCACACGAUGGGCUGCAGCACUGGAAGGCUACCGCAAAGAGCAGGUCCGCCUGGGAAUACCUUACGACCCUAUGCUGUGGUCAGCUGAUCAGGUGAUCCACUGGGCUGUGUGGGUCAUGAAGGAGUUUAGCAUUGAUGAAAUGGAAAUAGGCAGCAUUCACAUCCCAGGUCAAGAGCUCUGCGCUUUCAACCAAGAGGAGUUCCUUCAGAAAGUGCACAAUGGAGAGAUUCUCUGGAGUCACUUGGAACUGCUGCGCAAAUAUGUGUUGGCCAGCCAAGACCAGUCUGGAGGGGAUGCUACUGUCACUAUUGAUCAACCCGUGCAGAUAAUCCCGGCUCAAGUGAGCUCAUCCACAGCUAUAAAGGUGUUGAAGCAGAGCCGUGGCCCCAGAAUGCCUCGUAUUUCAGGAGAAGAACGCAGCUCACCUGGCAACCGCACAGGUAACAACGGUCAGAUCCAGUUGUGGCAGUUCCUGCUAGAGCUGCUGACAGACAAGGAUGCAAGAGACUGUAUAUCCUGGGUGGGUGAAGAGGGAGAGUUCAAACUCAACCAGCCUGAGCUCGUGGCACAAAAGUGGGGCCUGCGCAAGAACAAACCGACUAUGAACUACGAGAAGCUCAGUCGAGCCCUCAGGUAUUACUACGACGGGGACAUGAUAAGCAAGGUGCAGGGCAAGCGCUUCGUCUACAAGUUUGUGUGCGACCUGAGGACUCUGAUCGGCUACAGUGCUGCCGAGCUCAACAGCCUGGUGACCGAGUGCGAGCAGAAGAAACUGGCUCGCAUGCAGAUGCACGGCAUCGGGCAGCCCAUCACUACAGUGACCCUGGCCACCACAACACUAGACAAGGACAGCUGAAGGAGGCCGCUUUGCAGAGCCCUCCACCGCUGACUGGAAACCAUGUGUCCAUCAGACACAGAAAUGCAAGCCUGAUCCCUGAUCAGUGUGGAUUAACAACUUUGUUAUUGUCUUUACAGUUCGAUUCAAGUUAGACUGAAGCAGGUAAAGUUUUUUAGCUUUUCUUUAAUGCUAACCAAGAGAAGCGUGUUCAGGAUGAGGGAGAAUGUGUGAUUGUUGUGUGCAUGUGAUGGAGUGAAUGAGUGCGACUGACAACCCAAUUCAGAGCUUUGUGUUGUGUGUUCCUCGUCUGUAGUUUUGGAUCAUUUCCACUGUAUAUACUGGUACUUCAUGUUUUUGAUAGCCACAAGGGCAAGCGUAUUUUCAUAUUUUCCAUUUAUAGAACCUGUUUUGUAUUUUAUUUAGUGUUUGCUCCCUAAACUGUUGGACCUUUUUUGUCCACUAGGGGGAAUAAAGUUGCAAGCAUAUUUCUUAA